AUGAUUACUGAACCAGGUGUAAACGGGCUUUCGGGUCCCAUCAAUCGGACCCGUUUACCCGAUCAAUCCUCGUCGUUACUCCCGAAUCACACCUUCACUCCGGUGACACUAUUCGACGGUUUCAACUACAAUCAUCUCUCCGAUCACAGGAACACCGGGUUGAUCACAGCGCCGGAGAAUUCUGUUUUUCCUCAGGAAGAAGAAGAAGACCCGGCGGAUGAUUUCGACUUCUCCGACGCCGUUUUGGGGUACAUUAGCCAGAUGCUUAUGGAGGAAGACAUGGAGGAUAAAGCCUGUAUGCUCCAAGAGUCUCUCGAUCUCGAAGCCGCAGAGAGAUCGCUCUACGAAGCCAUCGGCAAAAAAUAUCCUCCUUCCCCAGAACGGAACUUAGCUUUCGCUGAACGAAUCAGCGAAAACCUCGACCAUGUAGUCCCGGGAAACUACACAGGAGAUCGUAUCGGCUCAGGCGGGUUUUUCGUCGGAAACGACGGAAUCAAGCCUCUGAGUGGUUUCACUCUGGAUUUCCGAAAUCCUCAGAGUCGUUCCUCGGUUCUAAGCGUUCCGCAAUCUUCGUAUUCCCCUUCCGAUGGUUUAGACGAAUCGUCGAACACUUUAUAUCCCGGAGCGAAUCGAGAGAAUCAAUCUGUGUGGCUGUUUAGGCGUGAGAUUGAAGAAGCUAAUCGGUUUCUUCCCGAGCAAAAGGAGACGAUUGUGGAUUUCAGAGAGGAAAACUGUAGAAGCAAAGUACGGAAAAACCCUAACCGAGACGAGAUUUGUGUGGAAGAAGAGAGAUUUAGCAAAUUACCAGCAGUGUUUCCGGAAACCAUUUUGAGAUCAGAUGUGGUGGAUAAGAUCUUGGUUCACGUCCCAGGAGAAGAGAGCAUGAAGGAGUUCGACGCGUUGCGUGAAGUCCUGAAGAAAGGAGUCGAGAAGAAGAAGAAAGCUUCACUGCCUCAGGAAGGGAAGAGACGAGCGAGAGGAAGAGGAAGAGGACGAGGAGGAGGAGGAGGAGGGCAAAAUGGGAAAACAGAAGUUGUGGAUUUGAGAAGUCUAUUGAUACAUUGUGCUCAAGCUGUUGCAGCUGAUGAUCGUCGUUGUGCUGGUCAGUUGUUAAAACAGAUUCGGGAGCAUUCGACGCCGUUCGGUGACGGAAACCAGAGACUUGCUCAUUGUUUCGCUAACGGUCUCGAGGCCCGGUUAGCCGGAACCGGGAGCCAGAUUUACAAAGGAAUGGUGAGUAAACCGAGAUCCGCUGCGGCUGUGCUUAAGGCUCACCAGCUUUACCUCGCGUGUUGCCCUUUUAGGAAGCUCUCUUACUUCAUAUCCAACAAGACGAUACGUGAUCUCGUUGGGAACUCGCAGCGUGUCCACGUCAUUGAUUUCGGUAUUCUUUACGGUUUCCAAUGGCCGACUCUGAUUCACCGGUUUUCGAGGUAUGGCUCGCCGAGGCUUAGGAUAACCGGGAUCGAGUUUCCGCAGCCCGGUUUUCGUCCGGCGCAGAGGGUUGAGGAGACCGGUCAGAGGUUAGCAGCGUAUGCUAAGCAGUUUGGUGUGCCGUUUGAGUAUAAGGCCAUUGCUAAGAAGUGGGAUGCUAUUAAACUUGAGGAUCUUGAUAUCGACAGGGACGAGGUUAUCGUUGUGAAUUGCUUGUACCGGGCUGAGAAUUUGCAUGACGAGUCGGUUAAAGUGGAGAGUUGCAGAGACGCGGUUCUUGAUUUGAUCGGGAAGAUUAAACCGGAUCUUUUCGUGUUCGGCAUUGUGAACGGUGCUUACAACGCGCCGUUCUUUGUGACAAGGUUCAGAGAGGCUCUGUUUCAUUUCUCGUCGAUUUUCGACAUGCUUGAGACGAUUGUACCGAGGGAAGACGAGGAGAGGAUGUUUCUUGAGACGGAGGUGUUUGGGAGAGAGGCGUUGAAUGUGAUUGCCUGCGAAGGUUGGGAGAGAGUGGAGAGGCCUGAGACGUAUAAGCAGUGGCAUGUCAGAGCUAUGAGGUCAGGGUUGGUGCAAGUUCCGUUUGAUCCAAGCAUUAUGAAGACGUCUUUGUAUAAGGUCCAUACGUUUUACCACAAGGAUUUUGUGAUCGAUCAAGAUAACCGGUGGCUCUUGCAAGGCUGGAAAGGACGGACCGUUAUGGCUCUAUCGGUUUGGAAACCAGAGUCCAAGGCUUGA